CCCCCAGCUGCGGAGGAGUCGGAGGCUCAGCUGCUGCGCCGGGGCCUGAGCGGCCGCCUCCUCCCGACUCGGGAGCCCGGAACGCUGCGCAUAGACCCAGUGUGCCUGCUGGGCUGUGCCCAGAUUGAGAGCCAUGCCAGUCUGUGGGUGAAGCCUUGAGACAGUAAUGGAGCCUCUGCAGCAGCAACAGCAAAAGCAGCCACACCAGGCUCCUGUACAGAUGGAUGCCAGAGAGAAGCAGGGGCCACAGACAAGAGAAGCACAGUUCCUGUAUACCCCCAAACUAGCCACCCAGCCUUCUCUCCUUUCUCUCACGCCUGGAAGACCUUCUGGUAGCCCUGUCCUGGCUCCCUUAGCCAGAGUUCCACCAGUCAUACCAGUGACUAGAGUAUUUGACCAGAGCAACGUCAACUCUGAACCUGAGGAAGAAGAAGAAGGAGGUCUGGAAGAUGAAGAUGGAGAUGAUGAUGUUGCAGAGGUGGCUGAAAAAGAGGCCCAAGCUGCUUCCAAAUAUUUUCAUGUGCAGAAAGCAACUCGCCAAGACCCCAGAGCAGCACCCAUGUCCAGCCUGCUUCCAGCACCUGGACUCCUGCCACAGGGACAGCAAACUAAGGAAGACCAUACCAAAGAUGCUUCCAAGGCCCCACCUUCUGUCUCCACAGCAGGGCAGCCGAGCUGGAAUCUGGAUGAGCAGCUUAAGCAGAAUGGUGCUUUGGCCUGGAGUGAUGAUGCCGAUGGAGGCCGGGGAAGAGAGAUCUCUCGAGAUUUUGCCAAGCUGUAUGAACUGGACAGUGAUCCUGAAAGGAAAGAAUUUCUGGAUGACCUCUUCAUCUUCAUGCAGAAGAGGGGCACCCCUAUCAACCGGAUUCCCAUCAUGGCCAAGCAGAUCCUGGACCUGUAUAUGCUGUAUAAACUAGUCACAGAGAAGGGGGGCUUGGUGGAGAUCAUCAACAAAAAAAUCUGGAGAGAGAUCACCAAAGGCCUGAACCUGCCCACAUCCAUCACCAGUGCUGCCUUCACCCUCCGGACGCAGUACAUGAAGUAUCUAUAUGCCUAUGAGUGUGAGAAGAAAGCCUUGAGCUCUCCAGCUGAGUUACAGGCAGCUAUCGAUGGCAACCGUAGGGAAGGUCGGAGGCCCAGCUAUAGCUCCUCCCUCUUUGGCUAUUCUCCUGCAGCCGCUGCUGCUGCUGCUGCCGCCGCCGCUGCUAACGCUGCCUCCGCAGGGGCUCCUGCCCUUCUCUCACCCCCCAAGAUCCGCUUUUCCAUCCUUGGGCUUGGCUCCAGCAGUGGCACCAAUGCCAGCGGCCCUCGGAUACCCGCAGCAUCUGCUCUCAGGAAAGGUGAUGGAGUCCCAGUGACAACAGUGCCUGUGCCAAAUCGCCUGGCUGUGCCUGGGACUUUGGCGGGCCAGCAGACUAGCAACCGGACUGGCACACUGGAGCAGCUACGGGAGCGUCUAGAAUCAGGGGAACCCCCUGAGAAAAAGGCAUCAAGAUUGUCAGAAGAGGAGCAGCGCCUGGUGCAGCAGGCCUUCCAGCGCAACCUCCUGAGCAUGGCGCGGCAGCUCCCCAUGAAGAUCAGAAUCAACGGCAGGGAAGACAGAGCGGAGACUUCAGCUGCAGCGCUGAACCUGACCACGAGCAACAUUGGGAGCAUCAAUAUGUCUGUGGAUAUUGAUGGCAUCACCUAUACAGGUGUGCUGUUUGCCCAGAAACCAGUGGUCCACCUCAUUGCAGGCUCUGCUCCCCAGAGCAUUGGCAGCAGCGCCAGCAGCAGCAGCAGCAGCUCUCACUGCUCACCAAGUCCUACCUCAUCCCGGGGCACCCCCAGUGCAGAGCCCUCCACCAGCUGGUCCCUCUGAUGAGCAGCACCCGGCACCCACUCCCUACUUUCCUGCUGAGAGUAAAGGAGAUCGAUGCACAGAAUUUACCUCAUCUCAUGGAGCCCACAUCAGACACCAUCUGGCCAGAUGUUGAAUUUGGAAGUGUCCAUCUGUCCAGGCUCCGUUCAGGUUCUGCUGUACUCUGGGGACAGGGAGAGACUGGGGCCCAGGACAGAGCAGCGUUGCCCAAUCAGGGAUUGUCCUGGAGAACUGGGUGGGGCACCUGGGCAUCCAGCUUCCCCAGGGUUCCCCAACCACCUCCCAUCCUUGGAGCAGUAUAUUGACAAUCUGUCAGGCGACAUGGGGCUGGAGGCUUCCUAUUUCCCUUCCCCCUUAAUUUAUUUCCCUUCUGCUGCCUUCUGCCUUCACCCCAGGAUCACCAAACUCUUAGUCUGUCCAGUCCCCCAGUGUUUAAAUCCCAUGUGGGGCUCUAGGAGUCAGGGACUUGUCUUCCUUGCUCUUGUCUGCUGAGCAUGGGAUAGGGAUGGGCCUUCCUAGGCCUCCUUGCUUACUGAUUGAUCUUCUGGGCAUGGGUCUCCCAAAUCCAAGUCUUAAAUUCAGUCCUCAGGGCCCUGGAAUACCCCUUUUGUUGCUCCUAAGAAAAAAGCAUGUUAGGGCAGGCUUCAGGUUCAGGGCCUCUCUGCACAUGAAAAGGAGGAAGAGCUCCUGGUGCCCGGGCCCUGGUACCUACCUGACAAGACUCUGUUCUGAUCCCCAGACCUCAGCUCCCUGCCUGCCCAUGUUGGCCAGCUUACCCAAGAUACCACUUGUCCCUGGCCCCUACUGUCGUCUCUUGGGGCAAUUUCAGCCCCACCAGCCCAAGACAUGCUGAUGUCAGGCUUACUGAAAUACCUCAGAUUUGUAAUUGUUGAUAUUUGAUUCUUCAGGAAGUAUUUGCAUUUCUGUAAUCUUUUUUUAUAUGUGUUUUGCUGACUUUAAUUUUUUAAUUUUUAUUGUUGUUGCUGUUGUAGCACCAAAGAAAUGAAAGCAGAUCACCCCAGCCAGGUGCAGUUUGCAGCCAGCCUCCCUCCACCCUGCCCAUGCCUGGCCAGGAGGUGUAGCAGGUGGGGUGACUCAGGGAUCGCCACAGCAGGAGUAUGGGAUGGAGGGGCCCAUGCUUGCUGGUGGACCCUAAAACCACACUGGUUCUUUGUGUCCCUACCCCAGCUGACAGAGCAGGGCAUAGUAUCAUUUUGCUCUCAGGGCCCUCACCUUGGGACAAAGGCAAGUGGCUGUGGGCCCUGCCUGAGGCUGAGCCCCAGGUAGGAUCUCUUGUUGACAUGCAGCGGGAACAGGCCACUGUGGCAGAGAAAGUCCUUACGCAGGGCUCCAUUCUCAACCCGGCGUGCUCUACUCUGUUACAUAAAGCAUCUCCCACACCCAGCAUGAUUACUCAGGUUUUGGUGGUGGAGACCACGGCAUGGCCCGGCAGCCCUGUCUAGGACAAGAAAGGGAAACCAGAAGCGUGUGCGCAAACAUACCUCAGCCUGGCAGACACUGCACUUCCAGCUCUUCUCCCUGCCCCAGGACACACAUCCUCAGUAACUCACACCUGCUGACGACGCACCCACAGCUCUCAUGCUGGGGUCUGACCCUCUUCUGGUCUCAGAAGCCUUAUCCACCAGGCACAUGCAGGGUUGGGCAAAGAACAUCUGGGGUCUGGUGCUGUGAGAAUCCCAUUUGGCCAGCGUGUCUCAGGACGUAGUCAUGAAGGAUAGACCCUUCCUACCCAGGGAAGACAGGGACAGUGCAGGUCUUUCUGGUCAUCGAAUACUCUUUCUCUUGCUCCAGGCAGCUUGUCCACUUGUCCCUCUCAGUACCCCUCACUGCCCUCAAGCCAGCAGCAGGCUCUAGCCAGAAAAUGCAAGACCUGGUACCCAGCGUUAGGGCUCUGUCUCAAGUGGAGCUUCCCCCGCAGGCAUAGUCCUGAAGGUCAUGUGACAGGCAGUUGGCCAGGACAGCAUCCUCCCUUUCCAUGUCUUGUAUGUAUUCUAACCAGAAAAAAAAAUGUGAUAGCACAUGGUAGCCUAGGCCGUGAAUAAAUACCUCAGAUGUCCUCUCGCAGCAAGUGUCUGUAUAUGUUGUGGUUCUUUUCUGUCUUACAUGUUCUUGAAUGUUUAUAUUUCAAUAAAGCUCUACCUCUUCACAUGAA